CGACGGAGACUAUAUUAGGUUUUACGUUCUUUCCAUUUGUUUCUCUCGUCACUUCCCUCCCCUCUCUGGGGAGUUUUUGUUUUAACGAUUAUUUUCCGUCACUUUCCCGAGAAAAUUCCAUCAAUAAUCUUCUCCUUCCACCGAUUCCUCAUUUCCACUCUCACCGGAUUCUGAUUGAUAAACCGGAAUCAACUUCUUUUAGGGUUCGAAAAGCAUUGUCGAUCUUGGUAAUCGACGCUGGUUAGGGUUUUUUUUGUUUUGGAUUUACGUGUUUGUUUGGGAUUGGAGAUGGGGAGCGUCGAUCGUGCCGCCGAUAACCGGACGUUCAAGGCCAAUUUUACGGCCGAUGGAGUCACGAUGCUAAGGGAAAGAGUGAAUGAGAAGCUGAAGGAGUUCAUGGGGGAUUACACGGAUGACACUCUUGUGGAAUAUGUUAUUGUGUUACUGAGGAAUGGUAGGGGAAAAGAACAAGCACAGAAUGAGUUGAAUGUUUUUUUGGGGGACGACAGUGAUUCUUUUGUAUCCUGGCUGUGGGAUCAUUUGGCUUUGAAUAUAGAUUUGUAUGUACAUCCUAAAGAAUUGCAGGAUGAAGCUCCCAAAAGAAAGCUUAUAUCCGAGGUCCAAGCUGUAGGUGAUGGUUUUCAGCAUUUGAAUUCACAGUCAGAAAAAGUGAAGGCUAGUAAGUUAUCUAGAAGUCGCCGUAGCAAGGAUUGGAAAGAAUUAAUGGGGAGAGAAGCUGCAGCACCAGCCCUACAUAGCUUUGAGGUUCACAAUACUCAUUUGGAGGAAAAAACCCGAUCUACAGUCAACAGUGGUCUAAAGUCACCAUCUCCUCCUGCAUCAGCUCAGAGGAAAAGGGGCCGCACUGAUGAACAGCAGAAGACAAAGAGGGAUUCAGUUUCACAAGUAACUAUUGAUGCUCCUCGACGGCUUCUUCAGUUUGCAGUGCGAGAUGCAGUGGCUACUUCAAGGCCCUCUAAUUCAAGCAUGCCGGUGGAGCCCUCUUUGAAGCGCCUUCGUUCUGUAGUUUCUACAUCCUAUGUUGACUCAUCCUUGGUUGAACGUCCUCAGAGGAUUCAGACUGUUUCCAGGGUGGCAAACCCCAUGGCAACAGUGAUGAAGGCUGUGGCAGAAGCUGCUGAAGAUGUGGUAAAAUUCAAAUCUUCAAGAAGCGUAUUUGAUAGGCUUGGUUAUGAUAUGAAUCCAUCAGAUGUUAACAUCCAAAUUGAAGAUAAUUACCAACAUAAGGAGCAAAGUCAAUCAUUGUAUCUUCAAAGAGCUGACUAUGGUGGUCAGGAUGCUGCAAAUAUGACAAUGUUGGAACAUGAAACUGGUUUUCCUUCUGAUUCUACUUCAGACAAUGAAGGGUUUGAUGAUGUGAAUGUUAUGGGUCAUAGGAUGACUAGAGCUUCUCAGUUUGGUUCCUCUGUAGGAAACAGGGAUGAUUCACUGAUGGUGGACUAUAGUGUAGCCAAAAACACUGAUGAUAGUAUGCUUCUAAAACAAAAUAGAGAUCAGGAGCAACCUGAUACUGCUCCUAAUACUUCCAAGAUAGUGAACAUGUCUGUUAAUGUAAAUGCUUGGAAGCCAGCAGGCCCACCACAAUACCAUGAACUAAGAGAGGUUGUUGAUUUAGAUGGCCGUAAAAAUUUAGGCAGUGAAACGGGAGCUUCCAGAUCUGGCCUGCAACUGGUGAAAGAGAAUGCAAAAGCUAUAAAAAUUAGUAAUGGGAAUGCAAACCCUGCUUCGGAUUUGCAGAAAGGAUCUCAGAAGGCACAACUAUCUACUUCUGGUUCAAGUGCUGCUGGUCGUCCGUUAGAGGAUGCUGAUUCCCGAACCAUUUUUGCUAGUAAUGUUCAUUUUGCUGCUACUAAAGAUGGCCUAUCUCGGCAUUUUAAUAAAUUUGGGGAUGUGCUAAAAGUUGUUAUAGUUACUGAUCCGACAACAGGGCAACCAAAAGGGGCAGCUUAUGUGGAGUUCAUGCGAAAGGAAGCAGCAGAUAAUGCAUUAUCAUCGGAUGGAACUUCCUUCAUGUCACGGAUUCUUAAGGUUGUGAGGAAAAGUGCUGCACAUCAAGAAUCUGCUCCAGCCGCGCCAUGGCCUCGUGUAGUUAGGGGAUCUCCGUUUCCUUCUGCUGCUAGGUAUUCGAGGGUUCCCUUUCCAAGAGGUAUUACUGGGGCAUUUAGGUCAAGGCCGCCAAUUAAAUUUGGUGCCAGGAGCUUGCAAUGGAAGCGGGAUGCUCAGGGAACUUCAUCUGAUAAUGGUGCAGCUUUAAAUAACAGCGGUAUUAUUUCUGCACCUGCUGCUCGAGGUCUCACCUAUGUCAGAACAGAAUCUAAGCUAGAAGGUUAGCUUGAGUACUACGUAGUUUACUUGGAAAGAUGGUGGCGGACUAAAGGUUGCAUCAUAGAGGCGUAAUGUCAGAUGGUCCAAAAAAAGAAAGGAAAAAAAAAAAAAAACUUGUGAACGUAGGGAAAUACCAGGGCUUAAUUUUUGGAAUUUUAUUCUCUGUACAUGGUGGAGGAAAUUUAAAUAUCUAGAUAUCCAAGUUAGUAGAUGAAUUUUAAUAAUGUCUAUUUUUCAUCUUCAAUUAUUGGAGUCACAGAUGGAAAAAUAUUUUGGUGGGAUGAAGUUGAGAAUAGUGUAUGCACUGGAAAUAGUUGGGAUCCUGAUUUUAAAAUUUCCUCCCAUUAUUAUCCUACAGUUGAAGUAAAGCGUAGGGCAGUGUGGAACCUGACGUUGUCUUUUUGGUUGGGGGAUAAUCUUUUUCGUAUUUGUUACUAAGUAAGCGUUGCUGGUGAAAGAAAAAUUUGGGGAAAAAAAAAUGAAAAACAUAGGUAAGCUGAGUUUUGUAAGAUUGCUUCAUUCAACUUCACUGUGUAUACGUAGUUAGAUACUCGAUUCUUUCUGUUCU